CUUCAGAACCGUACAACGGGAAGAGGCGGAGCAACGCUGUCCAUUUUUAUUUACAGUCUAUGGUUUUAAUCAGCACUAAAAGCUAAAUGUAGUCCUCACCAUAGCUGCCACUGGUUUGAUCCUUUGCUUUGACAGCAUGUCAUCCCUCACUCUCUACUCCCCACAUGUCCUGUCUUUCUCCAUCAGUUGUCUACAGAAGAGUAUUGCAUUCACCUGAGAAGAAACAUCUCCUCUGUUCUGAAGUAACAAAUGAUCUGAAAAGUAUGAGAAAAGAUUUUAUCAAGAAAUAAAAAUCUGCUCUGUUUUUCCCGAAUUAACGAGACACAGCACCUCUAUGAAACUCUAAGGGGAACUCUGCAGUAUUUUAGGCAUCUGCCCAAUCAUCUGUUAAGUUGCCAUGUAGCCAACCUGAAAGCAAUUUAGAUGCAUUAUCUUAGUAAUUCAGAAAAUCUGUUUUUUUUUCUCUCAAGUGAAUGCACACCCUUCUGUAGUUUUCUUUCCAUUACAGGGUUAUAAGCCCCAAAAAUAAAAACUGAAGAAAAUAGUUAUCCCAGAAAGUAUACAAACAAAAAACACUUGUAUUAAAUACUUUGUAUUUGUGGUUGGUGUCUAUACAUAGUGGUAAGAAUACCAAAGGUGCAUGAUGUACGUCUAAAUGAAGGAUACUAAGCAAAAAUAAAAGUGCAUGGUGAUAAGAGAACAGAGUUUAAUGAUGACAACAGGUCUCACAAAAACGGGUUAACCGGUUCCUCUGGCUACAUUAUUAAGAUAACACUCUUUCAUACUUCCUCUUAGUUAGUUGUUGGAAAGUAAGUCAGAAAAGUCAACAAACUUUGCCUUAUUGGUUUCGUCCCUCCCUCUCUCUCUCUCUCUCUCCCUCCCUCUGUUUCUCUGUUUCUCUGUUACUCUUUAACUUUCAGUUUCAUUUCCUUGUAACCGGGUCAUAGUCUGUGUUUCCACUUUUGCUAAGAGGAGCUAGCCCAGCCCUGCUGAGCUGUAACAACAGUGUAAAGGUUACCUGGCUGAUCUGACAACAGGAUGGCUUCAGUGGUCUCUGAAUUAAUCACCAAGACCCUCUGCGACAACCGGGGCUGCCUGAACUUCAGGAGCCUGGAUGAGAAGAUAAAACAGAAGUACACUGUAUCAGAAGAGGUCCUGAGGAGCCUCCUCUUCGACGAAGGUAAAAUAGCCAUCAAAGAAGGAAGGGAGAAAGUAACAGCUGGUCUAAUAGUUAACCCGGACAGCCUGAUAGUGGCUAAAACUGGUCUGCGGCUCUGUCCGAAGAGACCCGGAGAGUGCUCCCAGUGCGACGGGUUACACCUGUGCAGGUUCUAUGUCAGCGGGGGAUGCACCUUCGGAAACAAGUGUAAAAACACCCAUGAUCUGGCCUCUCCACACAAUGCACAGCUUGUGAAGAGCCAUGGUUGCCAGAAUUUGACGGAGAAUCAGCUGUUCACGCUGUUACUGCAGAAUGAUCCUUCUCUGCUUCCAGAGAUCUGCCCACAUUACAACAAGGGCAACGGUUUGCACGGUUCCUGCAAGUUUGCCACCACCUGCAAGAAGCUCCACAUCUGUCAGCACUACUUCCAGGAUGACUGUAAGUUUGGCUCCUCCUGUAAGAGAGCCCAUAAUGUCGGUGAGUGUGACAUGAAGACUUUCCGAGGCCUCAGUCAGGAGAAUAUAACAAACCUCAAUGAGAUCUACAGAAAUAAGGGCAUCGUUACGGCUCAACAGGACAGACCAACGGUUGGUGUUGAAGUGCUGCCAGAGGUGAAAAUCCUACCUGAGCAGUCCUCCAAAAAAAACCCUAGACCCUCUACUGCUUGCAACCUCAUGAGCGAAGCUGACAGGAAUGAAAUCUGCCUCUUCUCUAUCCGCAAGGGCUGCAAAUACAAAGAGAAGUGUGCUCGGGUCCAUUGUCACCUUCCUUACAGGUGGCAGGUGUUAGACAGUGACGGAGUGACCUGGAAGGACCUGACGGACAUGGAGGGCAUCGAAAAGGCCUACUGUGACCCAGGACAUGACACAAGCUGCAUUGAUCAACCCACAACCACAUGGGGCAUUCUCAAACUUCUGUCACUUCAAAGCAAAACAUCGCCAAAGGAGCCGUCAGUUGACUUCAUGACCAUGACACACACAGGGUCUACUGUUCGUCGCCUCUCCACUGCCUCCUCUGUCUCGAAGCCUCCUCACUUCAUUCUUACAACAGAGUGGCUGUGGUACUGGAAGGAUGAAAAUGAGGAAUGGUCGGAGUUCGGACAGGACGGAGCCUCUGUCACCUCUGACAGUCUGGAGAGUGUUUACCUGGCAGACAGUGAUACACAGGUUCCAUUUGAUGCUGGUCAUCAUCAGUACAUUCUCCACUUCAAAGGUGAACCAGGAGUCCAUCAGAUGUAUCAGCAGAAUGUAAAAUACAAAACCAAGAGAGAGGUCAGACGGAGGCCUCGCUUUGUGUCUGCUCAGGAUGUGGAGCUGAAGCUGAAGAGUUCAUCCUCACAAGGCUCCAGAGCCUCCAUUGCUGAAAACUUCCCUUCCCACUGGGACAAGAGUGCAUUACCAGACAUAGGAUAUAAGCUUGUACCUCUGUCAAAAUCUUCAGAGUAUAAUAUGAUUACAGCGAUGUUUAAGCGCACCAUGCCCACGGGUAAAAUUCACAAAGUCCAGAGGAUCCAGAACCUUUCUCUGUGGAGCAUCUUUCAUUGGCAAAAAGAGCAGAUGAAGAAGAGGAAUGGAGGCAAAGCUGUGAAUGAGCAGUACCUGUUCCACGGGACUGAUGAGCCCCUGAUCGAGGCGAUCUGUGAUCAAAACUUUGACUGGAGGAUGUGUGGUGUCCACGGGACGGCCUACGGCAAAGGAAGCUACUUUGCCAAAGAAGCAUCCUACUCAGACAGAUAUGCCAAGGUUAACAGUCGCCGGAUGAAGACCAUGUUUGUUGCUCUAGUCCUGGUGGGGGAGUACACCCAAGGGAGCAGCAGCUAUGUCCGACCUCCACCUAAAAGAGACGGAAAAACCCUCUAUGACAGCUGUGUCAACCAUGAGAGUGACCCGAGCAUCUAUGUGGUCUUUGAAAAACAACAGAUUUAUCCUGAGUAUCUCAUCACUUACUCAUAAACCACGUUUCCCUCAGUUUGGUACUCUUGUGUACUCUUUGGAAACAUUGAGUGGCCUUUAACAGUUCGUGGAGCUUUACUGAGAUAGAAAAUGGUGAACCUAAGUGAAAAAAAAAAAAUUCUGCUUUUACAUCUGACUUCAGUGAAACAGAAGCUGUACAAACAAAAAAAAACAGAAAAGAAUGCUCAUGAGUGCAAAUGUUUUUCAGAUCAAAAACAUAUUGAACUUACUUUAACUUGGGAUACACUAUAUGGAUGUUAAUAACCAUAAUAAUAACCUGCUCCUGAUUACUUAUACUUCUCUUGAGAUCUGAUUGGUCAAUUUAACCCUCAUUUGAAAUUGUUCAAUCUCUGAAUUAUCGUUACAAGGCCCUCAAUGUUAUUGCUGGACCACCAAUCACAGAGCAGGAGGCAUAGCGCUUUCUUCCUAGAGACAGCAGACAUGGAAAACUCUGAUAUGCUUUUAUUAUUUAACCCUUCAUAUUCUAACACAAACCGAAAAGGCAGGUUUGAAGUGUUGAUCACCUCUGAAACAUUGCGGUCAAAUGAUGAAUUAAUGAAUGAACAAAUAAAACAGUAGUAGACUUUUCAAAUAUUGAGAAGAAUACUUAGACCCUUACAGUGGAGCUAGAGGGUCCUGACAUCUGCCGUGGUAAAACUAAUGUCACAGACGUUGUAGAUCAGAAAAUGAAUGUGUAAAGAUCACAUCAUACAGGACUGCAAAAUUAUAUUGUUUCAUUAUUAAAUGCUUUAGUUUGGGUUUCUCUGCUAAAAUUUACGUGAGGGCACUUGCUGUUUUGUUUAUUGGUAUUUUUUUUAUGCUAGCUGCAGCUCUUGCUGCUUCGUAUUUCUUUCAUACAUCUUUGUCGCAAUGAUGACUUUUUAGAUGACUUAAAGAUUUGUUGUGUUGAAACUUAAGGACUUGCCUUACGUGUUUUGUUCUCUGAAAUGUGGAUGAAAAACAUCCACACAGGUGAAGCCACUUUCACUCUCUUGUCAGCUUGGAGAAGCUGAACCCGUUCUUCUCUAUUUGUGAUGACGGACCUGAUACCGCCACACUGUGUUAGAAUAUGUAGGCGCAAGGCGCAUUAUUGAAAUCAUUACAGUAAAAUAUAACCAAAAUCGACCAAUGUCUUAUUGGAUGAAUACAUUGUGCAUCCUAAUUUGUAACAAUUCAAUACUGUCGGGUGAUUUGAACUUAAGCUAUAUGCUUCAAACUUUGCAAACUGAUAUUUCCUCUGAAUUAAGUCGAGUAGAAUAGCAUUAAUAACUGAUUCAUUACCUGGUUUUAUCAUUUACAAUCUUUACUAUUUCUGCCACUCUAAAAACUGCAUUUCAUCCUUGUGUUCAUGAUGUUUUUAUUAACAUAUAUCAUUGAUCAUCAUAUAGAAAAAUUAAGUACAAAAUGUGUGUUUCUCUGUGAUAUUUAGUGUGUCCAGAAGAUGAAAUGUUGAAAGCCUGUCAAUAAAAAUCUAAAUAAAGACACUAAUGUUUCAUAAUAAUGUUCAGAUAUGGGAAUAAAUGUAGUUGGUUAUAAAAAUGA